AUGGGCGCUCUGGGGGGUGGCUCGGAGGCGACGCGCGUGGCGAUCGAGGACGAAACCGUGGGCGCGGCGUUGGCGACGUUUGCGAGCGCGGAGCGAUCGAGAUUGACGUGCGCGGUGUCGGAGGUGGAGCGAAUGAUCGAUCGGUGGUUCGAUGACGCCGCGUGCGGGGGCGGGGCGGGGCGUGAUCUGGGGAAGAAGCAUGGGGCGACGGAGGACGCGCGAGAGGCGGCGCGGGAGACGCUUCGAGCGAUGACGUCGUCGAUGAGCGGCGACGUCGACGGAGAUUCGUCCGUCUACGCGUACGACGCGGAAUCAAAUAACUUUUUGCUCUCCGGAUUGGACGCGCUUCGCGCGUUCGCUCGGACGCCGCGCGAGGAUGACGACUCGAACGCGCGUUCGGUGGACGAAGGGUCUCCCGCGGACGGUGCGACGACGCCUCAAACGCGCGUGGACGUCGUUCAUCGUCGCGGUGGCGUCGUCGCGGUGGCGAUUACGACCAAAUCGGCGUCCUCUUCCGCCGCCGACUCGUCCGCGAAUGACGGAUUAUCCAAGGAAAUCGUGGACAGAGACUUGGAGGUCGUCAAUCGCAUCGACGACGAGACGACGGAGAAGGUGUAUUCGAUCACGAAAGCGUGGCUCGCGGACACGCGUGAGCGCGAAAAUUACGCUCGCGAGAUGGCGCACACGAUCGCGGACGGCGACGCGCUGCGCGCGAUUCAACGCGGCGAAUUGCUCGAGAAAGCGCUCGAGUCCUGGCAAGAUUUCAGAGACGCCGUCUACGCCCUGGAGCUCGGACACGAGGAGUUUACGUGCGGCGAUCGACGUUUGCGCUACUACUUGCGCGAGUGCGAUCGGUGUUAUCGACGGGUGAUGACGAAGCACGCGAGCGACGCCGCGGUGCUCGAGCUCGGCUUGCGAGAGGAAAUCCGCGCGUACGAGCUCGCGUUGGCGACUCGAUCGCCGAGCGCGCGCGAGAUGAACGACCUCGCUAAGAAAUGCGUUUUAGCCGUUCGUGCGGUGAACUCGCUCGACGCGUCGAUCGGAUCGAUGAGUCGCGUGGUGGAUAAAUCGUACGCCGACGGCGAGGCGGAUUGCAAGUCGAUACUGCGCGACUCCAUGCGUGACUUGAGGUGCGCCGUGAGUGAUUUGAGAUUGGAUCUCGCGCGAGAUCGCGACGUGAGGACGACAGAAAAUCAUCCUCAUCCACAAGUCAUCGCGCGCUCAGACGCAUCUGACGAUGACGUCACCGCGUUGCACCGCCGAGUGCGUCCAAUCGUUGAGCGGUACGCCUCGGGCGAGUUGAGAAAAGUCGUACAUCGCGUCGUUCGAGCGCUCGAUCGAGACGGUCAGCUCUUGACGUACGGAAUCAAAAUUGCGCGCUGCGCCACUUUUAUCGCGCUCAUCGACGACGCGGCUCGAGCGCACGCCGAGCACGCGGAUGACGUCGUGCUCGCAGACGCGUUGAGACAUUUCGAGCUCGAGGACGCGUCUUCGCGAAAUCCGUCGUCGACGGCGAGAGGGAAGAAGAAGAAGCGGCGCAGUAACACGAUUCAAACACAGGCUAUUCAAACGAACGCAAUCGCGAGCGCGACGGAAACAUCGCUCGAAGUCGAGCCUCAAUCCGAGGACGUCGCGGAGCUCGCGGACGCGAAGUCAUCCGCCGAGUUAUCCGCCGAGUUAUCCGUCGAGUCUCCCGAAGCCGUCGUGGACGCUUCGUCCAAGCUCGAUAUCGGUGCGAGCGACGAUCGCUGGGCAGAAUCAUCCGCACCCGGGAUAUGGGUCAAGGCGAGAUCCUCGAGAAGGAAAUCGGCGUCGUCCGGCGUCGAUCGCGUCUCCGCGCGAAGCGGAAACGUGAAAUCAUCCGCCCGACGCGCGUCGUGCGCGUCGCCCGCCGCGAUGUCGAAAAUUCACAACCAGACGAUUCCCACGCCGAAGAGAAUCACGGUGCUCUGUCGAGCGGAUCGUUCGUCCGCGCCGCCGGCUCCGCCGCCGGCUCCUCCGGCUCCGCCGCCGCCGCCGGCUCCGGCUCCGCCGGCGCACGCGCCACCACCGAAUCAUCCGCGGAGCGUCGGUCGGACGUCCAAUCCGGAGUUCCCGCCCAAACCCAGGAGUGCGGUCAUCGCUCGUUCAAUGGAGCUCCCGAUUCGAUCGCGCGUCGAUGACGACGCGUCGCGCGCCGAAAGCGCGCGCGAACGCGAAUCCGGGCUUCGCGUCGAAGAGUUCCCGCCGUUGCCCGCCAAGCGAGCGAUCGAUCGCGAGCCAAAUCUACGCGCAAACGUCGUUGAUUCGUUCGCCGUACACGCGCGUCGCCCGAGAGCGUCGAAAACGUGGGCCGAGGCUAAGCGCGCGAUCGACGGCGUCGUCCUUCCGUCUCUCAUCAAGAUCAAGUGA